CAGGAGGGGGUGUGUGGGUUGUGGGGAGGUGGGUGGCUGCCUGGGAAUUUCCCCGGCAGGGCCGGGGUGGCAGAGGCUGCCCGGAGCUGGACCAAUGUCCUGCUCGUGCGGGGCUGUCACGGCAUGCGGUGCCCCUGGAAUUUCUGGGUGUCCCAGCAGCACCUCCUCCGCACUGCCCUCCUUUGAGGGUCCAGGUUUCACAGCCAGGGACGGGGCUUUUCUUCCUUUCCAUCUCUGCUGUUUGUCUCAGAGAAAACCCAACUCACUGUUUUUCAACUGCCUGAAGGUGUUUUUUGGGGGUUUUUCAGGCUAUUUUGAAGCUCAUUUUUCCCAGAUGUGCUUUUUUUUUCUUUUCUUUUCUUUUUUUUUUUUUUCUUCUUCUGUAACUUUUCUUCUUCGCCUUAAAGUUUCCGGCCAUGUGACUUUCAGCUUACAUCCCCGAGGUUCUGAGAAACCACAGGAGGCCGAGACCUAAAGGGAAGGUGCAGAGGCUCGGAGAGGAGAGGCAGAGAAAGUGGCAGGAGGACAGUGUGCCUCCGGGACGGGCGAGAGCCGGGAAGCCAAGCGCCACCUCAGCGGGGCCAGAGGAGGGCAGGAGACAGGGAAGCGAGGCAGAAGGCCGGCACGCCAAGAGCACGAAGGAAGCUGAAGAGGCCCUGGGAGCCAGAGACGGGAGCCAUGCCCCACAGCUCUGACAGCAGCGACUCCAGCAGCUUCAGCCAGUCUCCCCCUCCCAGCAAGCAGGACUCUUCUGAUGACAUGAGGAAAGUCCAGAGGAGGGAGAAGAAUCGCAUUGCUGCCCAGAAGAGCCGCCUGAGGCAGACACAGAAAGCAGACACGCUGCACUUGGAGAGUGAAGACCUGGAGAGGCAGAAUGCUGCCCUGCGCCGGGAGAUCAAGCAGCUGACAGAGGAGAUGAAGCACUUUGCCUCAAUGCUGAGCUCCCACGAACCACUCUGCUCCAUCCUGACAUCCCCUCCGCCACCUCCAGAAGUGCUUUACGCCACACACUCCUUCCACCAGCCCCACAUCAGCUCCCCACGCUUCCAGCACUGAGCCAGUCAGCAGGAUGGCAGCCCGCCGGCUCCGCUGAUGGCAAGAAGCAACUUUGUGGGGCUUGCUUUUCCAUCCAAGGGAAAGAGACGAACAGAUGGACACCCCUUCUCAAAGUGUGUACUCUGAGUGACUUGCCUAAGACUUGCUCCCUGUGCAGAAAUGGCAGAGCCACCAGGAGGCAUCUUCAGGCAGUUGCCAGCUUGCAUCCUGGGAAGAGAAGACAUCCACAAAAGGGCACCAACCCACUUCCCUGGUGCUUGCCUGGGGAUGCUUGCAGGAGUGUGCAGCACCAGCAGCCUCCGUGAGCGGCUGGCUGUGGCAUGCAACAGCCAGAGCUCCAGGGAGAGGUGCAGAGGCAGAGGGAAGAUUGGGGGCCACAGAGUACCAGAAUGAAAGUGGUUUAUUUUUGUAAAAUAAAGAUUGAAAAUGCUUAA